AUGGAAAUAAACACAGAUAAGGAUCACUCCCCAACGUCUGACGCAAACUCGAGCUUAAUUGAUACCCCGCAUGAAAACUCCUUAUCAUACAUACACAACCUAUCCGACGACUUGCUCCGAGAGAUCUUCAAGUUAUAUAUACAUGGAUCCACGGGUCUGGAAGAAAAUUAUACGCUACCUCAGGAUAUCUUGUCUACGGUGUGCAAAGAAUGGCGUAGUCUGAUACUGAACUCCCCUCUUCUGUGGACGACCAUCCAAUUACCACUUCAACCUCGGUAUAAUGUUGCGACAUACUUUGAGAGAUCGGCUCCUGCAUUGGUCGAUGUUUCUUACGACCGCAGCCACUUUCACUGGAUCGAUGACCUAUAUGACGCCCCAUCGCAAGUUCUAGAUGCGAUAUCAUCCAACAUAUCACGCAUUCGAAGCUUGAAGAUCAGAACUUGGGCAGAAAAAGAAGCCACUUCUAUUCUUUGCGCAUGGAAGGGUAAACAAGCGACCCAGCUUAGGACUUUGGAAAUUAUAUCCCCAUACAUUCCAUCCGACUCCAAUCUUUUCUUUGGUCUUACAUCAUUCAGUGACAUGAGCAACCUCAGAUCUCUCAUUGUGGAGAAGUUCCUGUUUCAAGGAUUUUACCCAUUACCAAAUCUAAUUUUCUUGCGAGUGGACAAAUUCAACCAAGGGUUGGAAGAUCUUCGAGCUCUAGUGGAUAAUUGCCGGUUGCUCGAGACACUCAUCAUUCGACAAUUUAGUGGGUCACUGAACGGCGCGGUCCCGGAAGACAGCAGACAAAAGAUCGCAUCCUCGUCGCUUCGGUCUUUGUCUGUUAAUAUUGAUGACAGCCAUGAGACUGGGUGUAGUUGUUUCUUGCCCUUUUUGUCCGCUCCCAACCUCGAGUAUCUGGAAAUCGCGUAUGUCUCCAAUCAUAUAGAUGCACACCUCGAGUCUAUUUUCUACGAGUUAACUAGAUCAUCCAAUCUUCGAACUCUGCAUAUUCACAGCGACGUUAUAUGGAGUGGCAGUUUAUCCAUUCUGUCAUCCCUUCCGGCGACCACCGAUUUGCAUCUCCACAGCGGGGAUCUAUUGUCAACACUGCGGAUAGGUCUGCCAUAUAUAUUUAAUACCACCAACCUGAAGUCCGUCACCCUGAAUUUACAGACGCAAUCUUUUUAUCAAUUCUUCAGCCAGCCUAUUGCUUUACCCAACCUACGCUUUCCUUUCUUCUUAAGAUCUCCUCCCGAAGCAAGUGAUUGGCAGGAAUUUGAAUGUCAGAUACAGGAACUACUGGGCAGUAGUUUAGCUCACGUUAUGCCCCCGUCUAAGGAGAACGGCUUUCUAGGUGACUUUUUGCAAACACAAUUACUGAACGAGACAUGGGAAGCAUGGGGAGAGGAAGACGACGAUGAUGACUUCGAAGAUUACCAGGAUGACUUUCACUCGGAUGACUCCAACUACAGCAUAGACAUACAUCCUGGAGACUAUCUCGAUGGUUGGCCCUAA